GCCUGCGUGCUGUGCGUUUGCUCCGCUCACUGCUCUGACUGUGAGUGAAAGCAAAUUUGACUUGAGGCUCGGCAUAUUGGGAUUCACCCUAGGCCACCCUGAGAGUGCCUUUGGGAGAGGUGGAGGUUGUUUGCAGAGAGGAGGUCAGUCAAGCAGUGGUUGAUGGAGGGGAGAGCAAGACAGGAGGAAUCAGAGAGCAGUUCUCAUCCCUUCUGCGUCUUUCAUCAAGGGAUCCUCCAACAUCAAGCUGCCUGGAUAGACUGAGAGAAAGAGCUGGCACUGAGCUGUGCACUCAGUAAGCAUCACCAGUAACAGAGGGACACAGGGAGAGUAAUCUGGAAGUGGGCUGUGCACUUAACAGGCAGCAAGGCCAGGAAAGCCGAGGAAUGUUGAGAAGAGGAAUUCUUCUCUCCUUUACCUGAGGGAAAAGCUCCUCUGAGAGUCUCUGAUAAACAGAAGACAAGCAGGAAAGCACUCUGCAUGAGCCAAAAGAAAGCGUGAGGUAGAGGGCACAACUGCUGGCUGGUUCAUCCCUAUACUCCUGAAGGACAGGGAGAAAGGGGAAGGAUACAGAAGCAAACAAGGAAAAAGGUAAAUGUUUGCAUGUGAGGUAGCUUCAGUCUUCACAAGAUUUUAUCCAGCUUUAAACAGCUUUGUGUCUCAAUAAGACCAGAGGAGGAGAAAAUCUGCUGUACAUGACUGGUUGGCAGGACUGACUUUAGUGGCAGAAUUUGACAGAGGAGCCAAAGUCUGCCAUACACGACUGUACCCAGCCUGCAGGGAUGUCAUCCAAGGAGCUGAGUGUUGAGAUGGACUCCUGCAUCCGAACAUUCAAGGAGCACAUGCACCUGGAGCUGGAGCCCCCAAAGAUGCCAGGUGUGGUGGGAGGGAAGAGGGGCGCCACAUCUCCCAAACUGUCGCCCCGAAGCUCCCCACGCCUCUUUCGCAAAUUGAUGGUCAACAAGAGCAUCCGACAGAGGCGACGCUUCACUGUAGCUCAUACCUGUUUUGAUGUGGAGAAUGGCCCAUCAGCCAGCUGCAGCCCUCUGGACUCCCAGACCUCCCCUGGCUCUGGUUUGGUCCUCCACACUAACUUCCCCACUCACAACCAGCGCAGAGAGUCCUUUCUCUACCGCUCUGACAGCGACUAUGAUCUGUCACCCAAGUCCAUGUCGCGAAACUCCUCCAUUGCCUCUGAACUACAUGGUGAUGACCUGAUUGUGACGCCUUUUGCUCAGGUUCUGGCAAGCCUUCGAAGUGUAAGGAAUAACUUCACAGUACUGACCAAUGUCCAGUGUGCCUCCAGCAAAAGGUCUCCUGCAGCAGCAACUCAGCCUCCAAUUACCAGAGUUUGUCUCCCAGAUGAGGCGUACCAGAAGCUGGCCACGGAAACGAUGGAGGAGUUGGACUGGUGUCUGGACCAGCUGGAAACCAUCCAGACCUACCGCUCUGUCAGUGACAUGGCCUCCAACAAGUUCAAGAGAAUGUUGAAUCGGGAGUUGACGCACCUAUCUGAGAUGAGUCGGUCUGGGAAUCAGGUUUCGGAAUUCAUCUCCAACACCUUCCUAGACAAACAGAAUGAGGUAGAGAUCCCAUCGCCGACGUCCAAGACGCGAGAAAAGAAGAAGCAGCAGAAGCAGCAGCUGAUGACACAGAUCAGUGGGGUCAAGAAGGUCUCCCACGGGCCCUCGUUGUCCAGCAGCAGCAUCGCGCGUUUCGGCGUCAAGACCGAUAAGGAGGAGCUACUGUCCAAGGAGCUGGAGGAUCUGAACAAGUGGGGCCUGAACAUAUUUACAGUUUCGGAGUACUCCAACAACCGACCUCUUACCUGCAUCAUGUAUGCCAUAUUCCAGGAGCGAGACCUGUUAAAGACAUUUAAGAUCCCAGUGGAUACGUUCGUAGCCUACAUGAUGACACUGGAAGAUCACUACCAUUUAGAUGUGGCCUAUCAUAACAGUCUGCACGCUGCUGAUGUAGCCCAGUCCACACACAUCCUCCUCUCAACACCAGCCCUGGAUGCGGUCUUCACAGAUCUUGAGAUCCUAGCAGCCAUCUUUGCUGCAGCUAUCCACGAUGUUGACCAUCCUGGAGUAUCAAACCAAUUCCUAAUCAAUACCAACUCUGAGCUGGCACUGAUGUACAAUGAUGAGUCUGUGCUGGAGAACCAUCACUUGGCUGUGGGGUUCAAGCUAUUACAGGAAGACAACUGUGAUAUCUUCCAGAACCUCACUAAGAAGCAGAGACAGUCCCUACGCAAGAUGGUCAUCGACAUGGUUUUGGCCACUGACAUGUCCAAACACAUGAGUCUGCUGGCUGAUCUGAAGACUAUGGUGGAGACUAAGAAGGUGACGAGCUCUGGAGUGCUGCUGCUGGACAAUUACACCGACAGGAUACAGGUGCUGCGUAACAUGGUCCACUGCGCUGACCUGAGCAACCCCACUAAGUCCCUGGAGCUGUACCGUCAAUGGACUGACCGGAUAAUGGAGGAGUUCUUCCACCAGGGAGACAGAGAGAGAGAAAGGGGGAUGGAAAUCAGCCCCAUGUGUGAUAAACACACAGCCUCGGUGGAGAAGAGCCAGGUGGGUUUCAUUGACUACAUCGUGCACCCUCUGUGGGAGACUUGGGCAGAUCUGGUCCACCCAGAUGCCCAGGACAUUCUGGACACACUGGAGGACAACAGGAACUGGUACCAGAGCAUGAUCCCUCAGAGUCCCUCCCCACCUUUCUAUGACCAGGGUACGCAUGGACACAGUGGAGGCACUGGAGGACAGGGAAGCGGGGAGAAAUUUCAGUUUGAACUGACUUUGGAAGAGGAGGACUUGGAUGGAAUAGAGAAAGAUGGCGAAGGGGACGAGGGGGAGGAGGAAGAAUUAGAAGAGGAGGAGGAUAGUUUAGGGGAUUGUCAAUCGCCUCCUCUCGACUAUUUGGACGGUCAGGAGCACGAGGAGGGCAACAUGAUGGAGACCACAACGGCAAUAGAGAUUGUGACACAUGAGGCGUCACCCACAGACACAUAAAGCUUCCAUCAUCAGGCCCAUGUGAUAAUUUGAAAGUUUUUAGAAAAAGAGGGGAAAUCCUCUUGCAGCUGUGCUUUUUAAUAAGCCUACAGAAGCAAGGGCUUAGUUUUGGCCCGCACAGGGGCGUCUUGCACUUGGGUGUUUGAAGCCAGACACGGAUGGACAGUCUCAGUGAAGAGGCUUCAGAGUUCUCAGGAAAUAAUUACUCCGAACAUUUUAGUCUUGAUGGACACGUGAGACUGAGGGUGGAACUUGAAGGAUUUGGGCCAGUUUGGGAAAUCUUUCCUUUUCUAGAUUGGCAUUAAAAGGACACUGACACUACUGAGAGAAGUUUUGUACCUAAGACUUUUUUUAACAGAUAUAUGAUCUAGAAGUAGCAUAGAAUAAGAUCUACUGAUGGAGACAUGUUUGUAUAGCAAGAGAAAGAGUUUACUUUUUUCCUGUACCAUUUGUCUAAGGACUUUUGUGUGCCUUUUUUACUAUUGUCUUUAUAAUAGUUUUUUUAUUUAUUGAACACUCUAGUAUGUCUGUGAAACUUUUUUUCUUUAUCUGAAAGAGCAAAAUCUUUUUGUAUGUUAAAAUGAGAAUAGUCUUCCAUGUAUUGGGCAAUAGUGAAAUCCAAACAAAUGUCGACAAACUCAUCUAAAUAGGGAAACGUGAUCAUCCACACUGUAUGCACAUCUUGUUUCGCAGUCUGAACAAUGGUUUUCUUUACACUUCUGUUCACUCAUGGUCCCUGAUACAGUUAGUUUGUUGCUUUCUUUAACAGAUGUCAGUCAAUGAGUGUGACAGUCACACUGGGAUACAUCAAUUAUUUUCAAACUACUUUUACUUUGUACAUUUUUCCUUAGACUCUGGUCUGCAGUCUACUGGGGCUUCCUACCGUUUCACACCAAAACUUGACUUUUAAUGCAAAAUACUGAGUGAGGAUAUGAAAUCCUACACUUGCAACUUCAGUAUAUGGCUAAGUAUUAGUACUAGAUUUUCAAUGUAAAAUUAUUAGAAUGUUUGAUUUAUAUCAUGUUGUCUUGUAAUUUUUGCUGUUGUGUUGGUGUGAAAUUGAGGUUAGCCCAGUUCAAACCAUCAUAAUGUACAACCUACCACCAGAUAAAAUAAGCAGGAAAAACAAUCAGGACUAAACACAAAGGGGUCAUGACAACAAGCUGCUUCGAUCUAUCAUAAAAUCAGAAAUUAUGUCUGCCAUGGACAAAAAGCACAACCAUGGUCUGUUUUUAGCCCACAGGUAUGCUGGAGUCUUAAUAAUCUUGUUAGCUGGAACAAUUCCUGACACCAGACCUGUCUGAUGUAACACCCCCCUACCUCUCUGCAAUCAGUCCCAGACCAGAUGAUGGAAGGUACAGACCCUCAUCGGCACCACUAUUCACUUGGUUUACAAACUCCUCCCCCUGGGUUCCAUGGGCACAACCCCAAAUCAACCAGGCUGACUAUUUCUCCUUCAUGAUAAAAAUCCCUCAAGUGCUUCUUGAUGUCAGUAUAAUUUUUUCCCUCCCCCUCCACUGUAUUGGGUUUCUGGGACAGUUGGGCUAAUAGGAUUUAGCACAGACUGAGUUCCUAGAUUCAGCAUGGCAGACUGUUCUAGUAUUAAAAUAAACCAAAAACACACCGUUCUGUUUGUGUUAGUGAAGAUGGUUUGAAAAUGGCUUGCAGACCUCACAUUUCUUACUCAUGUGGCUUCCGCAACAGUUUUUAUGGAUGCUCUUGUUGCACCUGUAAUCACAUCUCUCCAUUUUCAUGUUGGUUUGCUGAUAAAGGUACGUCAUCUAAUUUCACUCCAGCAAACUUUAAGUGGCAGUCAUUUGUGAGCAGUAUGGAAGGUUUCGUAUGCAUAUGUGUUUCUGUAUGUAUGUGUUGCCUUCCACAUCCAGCCUUAUCCCCAUCACUCCACACCUUUGUCUUUAUUGUUUGUCACUAGGAGCUCAAGUUGGUCCUUUUUGCUGUUUAUAACAGUGUGUAUUUAUUCUAUACUUUAAGCUUGUAAAUAAGAAGUACUGGUUCAGUGUAAAAUCUAUUUUAAUUUAUAUGCACUUGCAUUACCUGGAAGUGGUGGUGUCUAUUAUGUAGAAGACUCUGGAUUAGAGUCUUUUUAUAUAUGUAUUAUAUAUUGUUUUGAUAUACAUAAAUAUAUCUAAGUAUAUAUUCGCACAAUGUUUUGAGUGCCCAGCAGAGCAGCAGCUAAAGAGAAUUGUUGUUGUUGUCACAUGAGAACCUUGUAACUCCAAAGCAGCUUUUUAUGUUUACCUAAAAAUUUUGUCUUUUAAUGUAAUAUCACAGACAAGAAAUGAAAAACUUUAUAUUAAGCUUCUUAUGCAUGAAUAUUAAACCAAAAAUGUUCUCACCUUGGUGUCACUUUGAAAUCUUAAUUUCAUGGCAUUUCUUAAAUAUUUCUGAAAGUUUCUCUCUGUUCAAUUUUAGGUCAG